AAUUCCCUUUCUAUUCGAUUGGUGCAAGUAUUCGCUUUGCUGUUAGGUUUUGUAGGGUGAUCAGUAUGGUGAAAAAGAAGAACGGGAGGAAAUUUAAUCUUUCAGGAAAGCCGAAACUAUCAAUGGAUGUCAACCGUAGUGACGGGAAAAGUGUUACCCGAUCUACUGCUACAGCGCCGCGGCUCGGGAUGUUAAAUGCUAGAAAGAUUCCGAAGCAUGGCUCGCAAGAUACACAUCCUCAGGUUAAGCGGGAUGAAGAAACCCUUCGGAGAGAGCUUGAAGAAUCAAUCAUUCGAAGUCCUUGGGGUAACCCCAAAAUUGCCUUGCGGCUAAAAAAGAUGUCCUUGUCUUAUUUGAUUGAUCUUAAAAUGGAACUUAAUCGUAUUGAUUCAAAGGAAUUUCUCUUCAAGGAUUCCUUUGGAUCUAAAGAGAAGAAGAAGUCUCUACUUAUGAAGGCCAGUAAAUAUCAAGAUGGAUAUGCCUUCAACGACGCAUUUGACUCUAAAGGGAGGACGAAGCAUCCCAAGCUCUUGGCAGAUGAUUAUGAAUCUCUACUUAAGAAGGCCAACAAAUCUCAAGAUGCAUACGAGGAAAUUGCUCCUACCAGUUCAUUCCCGAAAGGUUGCAAACGUUUUCGCAACAACAGCUAGAAUGUCCCUCUUCAAAGGGUUCUUUGGCCAGAAUGAGUUGGAGGGUGAGGGUCCUGAGCAGGGUCUGGACCAGGAAUCUGACAGCAAAUCUAAUCGAAUUCUGGAUCUUAAGAGGAAUCUUAAAAAUAUAUGUAGUAAUGUAUUAUACUGGUGUGUUGUGUGUUUAAUUUAUAGAACCUAAAAUACAGAGAAUAUAGAAAUAGUCCCGUGGUGGAUCUAAGGUUGUUCUUGUUGUUUAGGUCUUUGUCUCUUUUUUUGGGGCAACUUUAAUUAUGAAGCUGUUGUUAGAGAGUAUUGCUAAUUUAUGUUAGAGAAAAUGAGUUUAAUUAAUUUUUUUGUUUUUAGUCUUGGUGGGAA